UGUCCGUAGGUCUCGAAUGAAAAGUGUAGUAAUAAAUCCAAACUCCCAAUCCAUUUUCGGGGAAUCGUUCAAAUCCCAGUCAUUACCGUAAUCAAAAAUUAUAUUUAUUUUUGGCAUUUAUAAUUUUUUUUCUUGGCCAAAUGUAUUUAUUUUCCAAAAUGUCAAUUAGAGUCUCCAAUAAUAUUUCUAAUUUUUAUUUAUUUUUUAAUUUUACAUUUAAUUAUUUUUAGAUAAAUGAAUCGUAUAAAAAAUUGUGUAAUUCUACCGCCAUUUAAAAAUUUCCAAAAUUUAUUAAUAUGGAAACCUGCAUUUUCCUCUCAAAUUUUGUCAAAACGUCAACUUUUCUAUCAUUAUUUUACAAAGGAUAAAGAAGAUUAUGAGAAAUAUAAAAAAGCUAAUAAAAUAAAAUUUCGAUGGGAAAAGAAUCCAGAAGGUCCAGAAUUUCCUAUGAGAAAAUUACAAAUUGGACAUCAAGAUGAUCCCGAAUUGUGGGGCACAAUGGAUAAAUAUUAUAAAUGUUCUCCUCGUUUUGGUGAAAAUCCUAAAGAUUUUCCUGAAUUUAAUUAUCGAGACGAAUAUAUUUAUAAACCUCCUUUUUUGGAUCGAUUUGCUUCGAAAAUUGUUGCUUCUUUAAUGUGGGCUUGGUUAUUAUAUCAUCUUUAUUGGAAUCAUUCUAUGCUACUUGGACACGAAUAUAUUCCUUAUCCAUAUGAAUAUACAGACGAAGAAUUGGGUAUUCCACCAGAUGAUGCACCUGAUCCAGAAUAUUGGGGUAAUCAUGACAAACCUUAUCGAACAUACCGAUGA